GACAGUCAGUCGUUUCGAGGCUGCCGAGUUGACCGGGUGUCGUUGAGCAACCAGAGCCACGCCGGUUCUGCCCUCUCCCUCUUUCUUUUCCGAAGUAGCCUGCCUGUUCAUCGUUCGAGCGCACGCUGUUCGCGCGUCUAUCAGCUCGCUUCUCUUUUUCUCAAAACGUGUACAGUGUUCACCGUGAGGGACCAUGAAGAGUAUCACGACCACGGCGACCAGUCUCCUGUUUCUGGCAUUGAUCCAGUCUGCCAUGUCCGCCAGCAACGUCUCUGUAGACGUAGCCACUUUCUUUCCGAAGAUCGAGGGUAAUCUCACCAAGAUCGUCUGGGAGCAUGCCGUCAACAGCAAGGAGAAACUCGACAACGCACUUGUAUCAGUCAACAUCAUGAUGCUGGAGGCCGACGUAACGUUGGGCAUACUGAACGGUACGAGCAAUAAUAACACACCGAUACCGAUAAUGGCACAUCCGCCGGCGUCUGAGAGCAACUUGUCGCUAGACGAUUUCCUCAACACCGUGAUCCAGAGGAACGUUACCAAGGGCAUCAAGCUGGACUUCAAGAGCAUCGAUGCCUUCAACAAGAGCAAGCCUAUCUUGGAGAAAUUCCGCAAUAACACUAAAUUCCCCGUAUUUCUUAACGCGGAUAUACUCCCUGGACCGGUGAACGCAAACACCACAGCGGUUGACGCAAAAGCCUUCGUAAGUCAAGCCAUGGAGUUUCCAGAGUACACGCUGUCAGUCGGCUGGACCACCAGGUACGGCACCAAGGACAAUGUUACCGAAGGUCAAUACACGGAGCAACAAAUCCAAAAUAUGAUCAACAUCCUGAAAGAACAGAAGGUUACUCAGCCGAUAACUUAUCCUGUAAGAGCUGGUCUAGCCGCGAACAGUAUGAAAGUGAUCAAGUCGCUGAUGGAGAAUAGCUCCUUCACGAGCAACGUAACCCUAACCGUUUGGUCGAGCGAGGGUGACAAGGUCGAUGCGGAGAAGUUGUCGACGCUAAUACGAGAUAUCGGUGUGAAAAAGGUGUACAUCGACGUGCCGCAAGACUUGAUGAAUAAGCUUUAUUUAUCAGGAGCAUCGAGCGUUAUGGUCGCUUCGAUCACGCUCGCGGUUAGUCUUCUGACUGGUCUUCUAUCGACGAUAUUGUGAGCAGUUUGAACAAUUCUCGUCGCGUUUCGCAUGCACCCGAGGGGAUUCAGUGAUGGAAGAGUCUCGCGUCUUCUUCCAUCGCCAUGGAAUUCUCUUUGACGAAGGAAAGAAGCGCGAGACUGACGGAACGAAAUCGAAUUGCGAUCGAAGAUGGUCAGAAUUUAAAUCAAAAAGCAGUUUCGAUAUGUAACGGUCGAAUGUUCUCGUUAGAGUCUCGGUCGUGAACUUGUACUUUUUAGCGUGUAAGCUUAUUCGCAAACAUUUUUUCUAAGUAUUUUAAGGAAGCUUUCUUAGGAAUACGAUAUUCCUGUUGGCCGUGACGAAAUACCCUCGCUUUACAAUACUUGGGCAUCGUGCUCUUUUCUUUAUUCGUUUUUCAAAGAUGGCUAUUUCUUUUUGUCAUAUUGGCACGUUUUGUAGAUUUCUAUGAUAGAAUGCGACGUAUUUCGAUUCUUCAAGUAAACCUGUAAGAUAGAGUAAGAUAUAACAUACCAGAAAGACGUUUCGAUAGUUGGAUUUUACGCUCGACUUUGUUAGUAUGUAAUUCAAAUGAAAUUGAUCUAGUAAAAGAUUUAACGAAGAUCUUUCGGAUUCAUCCUGUUGAUUUUGAUGCGAACGACGUACCGGUGCCGUGAUAAGUAACAAGUUCUAACACCUGGCGCACUUAUCACAACAUAUUUGCACCAUUUACACCUUGGAGACACGCUUUUUUUUCUAAAAUACCGCGUCACAUACGCGAAACUUACUCGUAGUGUGUUAUAUCGUACCUCUUUAGUGUUCAUCGACGUAUCUCCUGUACCUGCCUUUAACAUAUCUCACACAUAGGUGCAGAUCAAGGAUGCAGAACAAAAUAUAACACAAAUACGGUAUUAGAGUUUACGUAAGCUGUAACGUGUACAUCUGUAAACCAAAGGAUUGUGAAUGCGUAAUACGGUGUCGGUGCACCGCGUUUGAUAACGAAACAAUAAAAUCAUCUGCAAAAUUUA